AUGUUGCCACAAUCCCUAGUCAGCGUGUACCAAGACGCGCCUGGUGCUGGCGGCACUGUACCGCUCCCCGCAAAUGGCGGACGACUGAAAGGAAAGGCCAGGACUGCAGCUAAGAAGGCGAAGGGCAAAGGCCAACCCGGUCCCGCUACGAAGCCACAGGCAGCUCUGGUCCGGUACAUCAUCUCCAUCAAAGACUUUGUCCCGCUGGCGGAAUGCAUCUCCGCUUCCAAGAUCCCCAGCCUGUGUGUCCCAAAGGCUUUCUUCACCACGCUUGACCGCGUCAUUUCCGUCAGGGCAGGCUUCAGCAAGGAGCUCAAGGAGCAUAAUGUAGCUCUCGAUGCCGAGUCGGACGCCAAGCAUUCUCACUUUGUCGGCGUCCUGAAAAAGUUUGAGGCUCUCAAGGUCUAUGUGCCAUCCGAGGAAUUCGUCAACGCACCGGACAUUGAAAGACCCAAGCCGGCUACAGAACAAGCCGAGAUCUUCGAAGUCGACCCCUUUCAAUCAUUGGAGGAAGCCAUUGUUGCUUUCUACAUGAUGUGCGUCGAUCUGGGAGAGAUCCGGCAUGCGCUUUCGACUUUUUGGACAACCACUGUCGGUGAAAAAGGCUCGACGUUUGACCCAGGCGUGAUGGCCAUCGUGACUAAUACUGGCAUCGAGUUUGGUAAAAACAUUAUCGAGGAGAUGUUGCCUAUUUUCGAGCCACAUGGCGGUGUUCGGAAAGUAAUGGACUACUAUUUGUCACUCAUUCCAAUGCCAGCAAACCAGUCCAUCACGCAUCCCAGUAGCUGGGACAUGGAUACAGAGUCGACGGAAAGCCAAGACCUCGUCAUCACCACGGAGCUCUUCUUUGAAGCCUUGACGCUGGUUCAUCAUGUCCCCGACUAUCCCUUUACAGACGAGUUUGUCCGAGGGGUGGAACAGUUCAAAAAGACCAAGCAGAUUCCCUUUAGUCUUAUUUUUGCAUCUCAAGUCAAUCUUGACAUACACCAUGCCGUCGGCGAGUUCGCCGAAACCUCGGUCGACACUCUUCUCGAUCGACUAUCUCAUAUGGAAGGAGUGCUGGGAUCAGCCGUAGACUUCAGCAAGAAAACCAGAAACCCCCACUGGUCAUCUCACAACCAACGAUGCCUGCAGCAGAGCUUGGAGGGUUUCGAAUGGUUCCUUCAAGAUCCCUUGCACGAGGUCAAGAAAAUGGCUGUACAUGGUGACCCAAAGGGACAACGAGUGGUCAGGGGAAUUCAGAAGUGGCGGCUCUUGAGGAGGUCACCUAUCAUGGCGGGGCUCGCCUUGCACUACCAUCGCGCAGAUGUGCACGAGGCUGGCCUUCUCUUCGCCAAUCAGUGGGGUUCUAUUAUCCUGCCGGCACACUUGUACAAUGCCACGUUGAAAGAGGGCCAUUGCCAGACACCCUGGCCCGAUAUGGAGAUGUUGAUGGAUAUUUUUGGAGAAGAACAGUUCUUUGUUGGAGGCAAGCCUGACAACACAUCCGCCUAUGUCAACCGAUUCAUGCUGCAAGUUGGGGCCUCGGCAUCUACCCUUAUAAACCGACACCGCCGUUCCAAGAAGAUUGGGGUCGAUGACUUUUCCAAAGCCGGUACGAGGUUCCUCACUUCGCGAGCAACAUUUCAUGGCCGCUUCCGUGGCCGGUACGUCAACAACGCAAACCAGAUGGACUGGACACCAGAGUAUAUUAGUGAGAUUCUCAGUCUUGAAAAACAUGGCAAGAAACGAGUGCAAUCAGAAACUGUCCGUGCCUCACCGCACAAGUUGCUUGCAGCUCUUGCCAUUGCGCUGAACUCGGAGGUCUACGAGCUUUCCUUUCCCUACCUGCUCAUGCACCAGAUGAACUGGACGCUCUUGACUGCCUUCAAGAAGAUUUGGGAUCCCAUACUCCGAGACAGCUUUGGGCCAGACUAUAUACAGCAGGAAUGGCAGCUGCCGUUCGCCAUUGGCCAGGUGUUGGCUCUGGCAGAUGGCGUUGAUGGCCUCAAGGACGACGAGGGAUUGACGUUUGCUGGGUUGUCGCUGGACGCAGCUAGCACGACCCACGCUGGCAGUCUUGCUUUGGAUUUUGGGAGUGGUUGGGACUUUGAUGACUAUGCAAACACUGUCGAUGAUGCGUCUGAUUGA